AUGUCCACUGCCCAACAACCCACGAUCGCGAUCCCGCCCCAGGAAAUCCCCGAAAUCCCCAUCAUCCCCCUCUCCGUGCAGCCACAAGAGCUAUCAUUCCCGCUUCCGAAAGCCCUCCAUACAACAGCACAUGUCCAUCUGACGGUGCUGGACACCUGCACUAUGGUGUUCUUGGCUACUUCCACGCCGGGCGAUUCCACGGGGACGGUGAAAUCGAUGGGGAGUUUUAUCUACGCCAUGCCGGAUCGCACCUCUCCCCGCUCUACGAUAUCUACGACUCUGUACACAACCCCUUCAACAGAGGAGUACGCGACGCGAAUAGCCAAAAUCCUGGCGCGGCGCAUGGGAUCCCCCGUGUAUGUAGGGUGUAGCAUUGACCCGAAAGCUCUCGGGCUCAUGGUCGAUGAGGAGAUGGACGGGCUAAGUAAGAUUGUGGACGGCGUUAUGGCGAAAUGGAAUGAGAAGAAACAAAAGAGAUAA